UAUUUUUCUCCUCACUUCCGCAAAUAAACGCACUUGAGCGCGGCGGCUACGGCAGAAAGUGAAAACGGACUGUUGUCGGCCGUUAUGUGCCAUGGUGAGGCGGCCAGGAGCAACCGCCAACGGCCGUAGAAGCAGACCUGCCUAACGGUGACUGCAGCGCUGGCAGCCUUGCCUCUUCAGACCUUCCCCCUCUCCCUGUCCCGUGUCCUACCUGUGGAUUGAAGUUCAUCCUUCUAGCCUGCCGCCCUUGCCACAGACUGUGAGGACACCAUGGUGGAUGUAACCAAGUGGCCCAUUUUCAGCCUGAUGGGUCCUCAGGAGCUCGCUUCCAUACGGAAAGCAUGCGUGUUUGGAUCAUCUGCUAAUGAGGCCAUCUACAUUACCAAUGAUGAUGAGGUGUUUGUGUUUGGGCUGAACUGCAGCAACUGCCUGGGAACAGGGGACAGCCUGAGCACAAUUGUACCCAAAAAAUUGGACUUCCUGAGCGGCAGAAAGGUUGUUAGCCUGAGUUACGGUAGUGGACCCCACAUCCUGCUGGCCACAGAGGAUGGAGAGCUAUUUGCCUGGGGCCAUAAUGGCUACAGCCAGCUGGGAAAUGGGACAACCAACCAAGGAGUAGCUCCAGUGCUCGUGUCUGCCAACCUGCUCAAUAAGAAGGUCACAGAGGUGGCCUGUGGCUCUCACCACUCAAUGGCUCUGACUGAUACAGGAGAAGUGUAUGCAUGGGGUUACAAUAACUGUGGUCAAGUGGGCUCAGGCUCCACAGCGAACCAGCCCACACCCCGCAGAGUGUCCAGCUGCCUGCAGAACAAGGUGGCUGUGAGUAUCGUCUGUGGUCAGACCUCAUCCCUGGCAGUAGUGGACAAUGGAGAGGUGUACGGCUGGGGCUACAACGGCAACGGACAACUUGGACUUGGAAACAAUGGGAACCAGCUCACCCCCUGUCGACUUGUUGGUCUGCAGGGUUUAUGUGUGCAACAGAUCGUGUCAGGAUAUGCACACUCCAUGGCACUAACAGAUGAAGGGUUGCUUUACGCUUGGGGUGCCAACACAUAUGGACAACUGGGCACUGGCAACAAGAGCAACCAGCUGAGCCCAGUUCAGAUUCUGACUGAGAAAGAGAGAAUUGUAGAGAUUGCUGCCUGUCACUCCACACACACGUCAGCUGCUAAAACCCAGAGCGGUCAGGUGUACAUGUGGGGCCAGUGCAGGGGCCAGUCCAUAGUGCUCCCUCACCUGACACACUUUGCCUGUACCGAUGAUGUCUUUGCCUGCUUUGCCACCCCCUCAGUAAUGUGGAGGCUUCUCUCAGUGGAGCUCGAGUGUUGUGGGAUCUGUAUGUGUGCCGUUUUUUUCCCCCCUCCAGAACAUGAUGAUUUCUUGACUGUGGCUCAGUCUCUGAAAAAGGAGUUUGACAACCCAGAGACAGCGGACCUCAAGUUCUGUGUUGAUGGAAAAUACAUCUAUGUCCACAAAGCAGUUCUCAAGAUCAGAUGUGAACAUUUCAGAUCAAUGUUCCAGUCUCACUGGAACGAAGACAUCAAGGAGGUGAUUGAAAUAGACCAGUUCUCGUACCCUGUGUACCGUUCGUUUCUGGAGUUCCUCUACACAGACAAUGUGGAGUUGCCUCCCGAGGACGCUAUUGGGCUGCUGGAUCUGGCCACCUCGUAUUGUGAGAACCGCCUAAAACGUCUGUGUCAGCACAUUAUCAAGAGGGGAAUCACCGUCGAAAAUGCUUUUUCUCUGCUGUCUGCCGCUGUGCGCUAUGAUGCAGAGGACCUUGAAGAAUUCUGCUUCAAAUUCUGCGUUAAUCACCUGACUGAGGUGACUCAGACUGCUGCUUUCUGGCAAAUUGACGGUAAUCUGCUCAAAGAUUUCAUUUGUCGAGCCAGUCGCCAUGGAGCCUUCAAAAAUUGACCACGUCUCAAGGUGCUGAUUUGGGCUGAUGCAAAACACACGGCUGGACUCCAGGAAGGAUUUUGCCUAAUACAUCGUUACCAUCAGAUGGACAUUUGCACAUAAUUUCAGUAGAAAUCUUUAGAUUUACCAUCACUGUCAGAUUUGUGGUUCAUCUUCUUUCAGAUGACUGAAAUGACUAAAAUCAGAGCUGUAAGGUUGCAGCAUUGUUCCAUAAUGGUGUUACAGUAGCUGUUUCCAACAGUGCCUGACUUUUAAUUUACACAUUGUGUAAAGUAGGAGCUCAGAUUAAUUGAGAGACAUGCCAGUGCUUGAAGUUAUUUGUUUUUAACAAAAACUAUUCUUGCCAGU